CACGAGGUUCAGCUAAUGGUGGGCAGGUGUACUGAUGUCGGUGGACUGUGAGCUUUCCGAACCUCGAGAGAGAAUACGAAGUUCUGAUUGUAAUGGCUCUGUAAAUUGGGUUCAUACAGUGGGGGUGACACAGAGUCAAAACCAGCUGUCUUCCAGUUCUAAGGAUGACACCACUGAGCCAGAUGGUCUGGCCCUUGCAAGUCAACCAAAGAGCCAAACCUAGGAGAAGUAGCAGGCCUGCAGUCGACAGAAAGAAGCAACUCUGAACCUGAACUUGACAAUAGAAGAAGAAAUGAAAAACCCCGGUUGGAUUAGAAAGAACUGGCUUCUUAUGGCUGGGGUGACUUUCAUAGGUGUCCCUCUUGGGACAUACUUUAUACAGAGAGCUGCAAGAGUCUGUGAGGUCUCAGUUCAGAGACAAAAGAAAAUUGAAGAGUGAAGCAAAAUAAAUACUUGGAAUUAUUAAUGUCACUAAAUUAAUAUAUGCUGGUUAUUGUCUGAAACCAAUUGACUUUGUAGCUGAUAGUGCUGAAUGUGCAGAUUUUCAUUCCUGAAAAAUAGUUUUUAAUGUUAUAACACAUGACAGUGCAAUAAAUGAAAACGUGAACAAAAUAAAGCUACCUUCACAAGUUAGAAAUAAAAGGGAG